CUAAAUUCUGACUUCGGUAGUCGUGCUAAGGUAAUUUAACGUGCGAAAGCGUCAGGGAACUGCUUGCGGACAGAUUUCUCCGCCGUGAAUAACUUAGCCAAUUAAGGGAGCUAAACAUCGCGCGUGCGGCAUUCCAAGCCGGAAGUCAGUCACUUGUCGGCGCUUGGCGAUAUCGGCAGCAGCAUGCUAAAGCUGAACCAAACGGAGGCGGUUUCGGAGAAGCCUAAAUCCGGACCGGGUGACAUAGACCCACCGAAGACGUCGGAGGAGAACCAGCUGGACGCGAUCAUCGUUGAGAUUGGCCAGUUCGGACGUUUUCAAGUCUUCAACUACUUGCUGCUUUGCCUACCCAUUAUCUGCAACGCCUUCUACUCCAUUUCCUACGUUUUCACCGCUGGCGAUGUGCCCCACAGGUGCAACAUCACCCUGUGCGAUGGGUUGGACUCCAGGUAUGAAGAACCUUUCUUAAAUUUCACCACUCCCCAGCGCCACGGCAACUGGGCUCAAUGUCAGCAGUACGCCGUACGAUCCGACCUCGUGGGUGAACCUUCAUGCAAUGUCAGUAGCUUUGAUGUGGGUCAGCGUGUCCCCUGCGAUGCUGGCUAUAAGCUGGGGAGCGGCGAAAAGACAAUAGCAACUGAGUUUGGCAUUUUCUGCGCUGACCAGUGGAAGCUGUCAAUGGUAGGAACCGUCAACAAUAUUGGACAGUUUGUGGGAAUACCACUGGGGGGGUAUCUCGCCGAUCGAUAUGGGCGUAAAUUCAUACUGGUAGCCUCGGGAAUCCUGAGUUCCUUUGCAGGACUGGCUCGCUCGCAUGCCCCGGAGUACUACAGCUUCCUGAGCUUGGAGUUCCUGGACAUGGUCGUGGGGAGCACGCUCUUCCCCACCGCCUUCCUUCUCGCCGUGGAGCUAGUUGGCCCCAAGCACCGCGUGUUGGCGGCUACAGUGAUCUCCCUGACCUACGGCCUGGCAGAGGCCCUUAUGGGCCUCGUGGCCAAGUAUCUGAGAGACUGGCGUGUCUUUCUACGUGUGCUAUAUACGCCAGCUCUGCUCCAUCUGAUUUUCAUUUGCCUGCUGCCGGAGAGCGUGCGGUGGUUGCUCAGCCAGUCGAAAGAGAUGGAGGCCCAGACCACACUGCGGAGGGUGGCGCAAGUAAACCGAAAAGCACUGCCGGAGCACCAGCUUAACGCACUGAUACUCUCAAACCGCCGGCUGCUGACCCAGUCUUCCGCAACCGGGGGCCACUACAGUUUCCGUCAGAUCUUCCAGGCCUUGGGCUGCCGCACCACCCUGUGCUGCUUCGUGUGGUUUACCCACACCCUGAUCGCCCUCGGUCUGAGUCUGCAUUCAGCCAAGUUGAGUGGGAGCAACUUGACGGGUCUUAUGCAGCUGCCUGGUAUCCUGAUGGCCACCACACUCAUGAACUGGAUAGGACGCCGACGGGCGCUCAGCUCCUGCCAGUUCACUUGUGCAGUCCUCCUCCUUGCAGUGGCUGCCACGGAUGAAGUGUACCCUGUGACCUCUUCAACCCUGUACUUCCUUGCCAAAAUGACGUCCACGGGCAGCUUUAUGAUCCUGUACUUCUUCACCUCCGAGAUCUUCCCCACCAACUGCAGGAACAGCAUGCUCUCCUUCUGCUCCAGUAUGGGUCGCUUUGGCUCCAUGCUGUCCCCCCAGACUACUCUACUGAUCCCCUACUACAAAUAUGCGCCUCACCUACUAUUCGCCCUAUUCGGCUUCACCUGCUCGGGUUUGGUUUUGUUCUUCCCGGAGACAACCAACAAGGUGCUGCCCACCACGCUGGCUGAAUCUUGCGCCCUGGACAAGAGUAUACCUAGGAAAAAGUCUUAAAAAGUACUAACUAAUCGACAUUAUCGCGUCGCUCACAUUGGAGUUUGUAGUUUUUCUCGAGUAAAAUACUUGCAAGUCAAGUUUGGGCAAACAACAUUCAUGUUUUUGGAACCAAAAUUAUGUACAGGUUAAAAACAAAGACACUAGAAUAAUUAUUAAUAAUUAUUAAUAAGUUAUUUGACAGUGGCGAAGGUUACGUUCAAACUUUAAGCAAUAUAUUAUCAUUUCUUAUACAAAAACAAUCAAAUAAAAAAUUCAACUUUUAUGUGACGUGCUUAAUGGUGUACAGGAGCGAAAACUGCACUUCUAAAACUUUAAAUUUUGUAUGGAAGCAAAAAAAACCAAGCUUUAUGCCUUUUAAGUGCUUGGGAAUACACCAAACUAAAAAUCAGUUACAGCAGAGACCACAAAAGUAUAACAACGCAGUGCAAAAAUGAAACGGUUUAAUUGGAUGUAAUUAUAGUAAGUUGGUUACUAAGUCUAUCAAGUCUAAGUCUUGAUUUUGAUUAUAAAAUAAAGCAAGCAGAAUAAGAAUAAAAACGUUAGUAAGUAUAAUGUAAAAAGACAUAGAUAUAGUAAAAACAGACUAAACAAGAAUUUAGUUAGUUUUAAAUACAAAUACCUAUUUACAUAUAGCAAAGAACAUAUUUUCAAUUUGUUUGCCAGCUGUUUCUAUGUCAGAUUUGCGACAUAGUCGUACUAUUUCCAAGUAAUUAAAAUUAAAAUCAAAAUAAAAAGAAAUUAUAUUAUUUUAAA